AUGGUAUCAAACGCAAGUGAUUCUUCCGAGCAGUUUCUCGUGGCCGUGUGUGGCCUUGGUAUACGGGCCCCUGGAGGGAUUCGGAAUGCUGCUGGGUUCUGGGACCUCCUCGUAAAUGGAAAGGACGCUAGAGGUCCCAUCCCUGAGACAAGGUACAAUAUUGACGGCUUCAAUGACUCACUUGGUGGCGCAAAUACUAUCAAAACAAGAUUUGGCUAUUUUAUAGACGAUGAUCUUACCUGUAUCGACACGUCUCUAUUUUCAAUGUCCAGAAAGGAAGUUGAAAGAUGUGAUCCUCAGCAGAGACUUCUUCUCGAGGUUGCUAGAGAAGCCCUCGAAGAUGCAGGCGAGGUCAAUUAUCGUGGGGAGCGUGUUGGAUGCUAUGUGGGUACUUUUGGAGAUGACUGGGCACAAAUUGCUGGAAAGGAAACUCAGCAUCAAGGUGGGCUCGGUUAUGUUGCCACUGGAAAUGGCGAUCUCAUGCUGUCAAAUCGAAUUUCCUACGAGUAUGACUUGAGAGGUCCAAGCAUGACCAUCAAAACGGGAUGCUCUGCGUCUCUUGCUGCCCUCCAUGCAGCAUGUCAAGCAAUUCGACAAGGUGAUGCCACCGCGGCCAUUGUUGGGGGAUCGAGCUUAAUUAUGACCCCCACGAUGACAGCCGCCUUCACCGCUGAAGGAAUUCUCUCACCCGAAGGUUCAUGUAAGUCAUUUGAUGCGAGCGCCGAUGGAUUCGCUAGGGCCGAGGCAAUCAACGCAAUAUACAUCAAACCCCUUACAGCAGCAAUCCGCGACGGCAACGCAAUCAGAGCCGUAAUCAGAGCGACAGGUGCAAACAGUGAUGGGCAUAGCCAGGGACUGUUCACGCCGAACCUAGAGGCACAGGAAGCACUCAUGCGGAAGAUCUACCAGGAUGCUGGUUUAGAUCCGGCUCUAACAGGAUUCGUCGAGUGCCACGGAACAGGCACAGCAACAGGAGAUCCUAUAGAGACAUCGGCUGUAGGAAAUAUCUUUGGCGAAAAGGGCGUCUAUAUUGGCUCUGUGAAACCUAAUGUCGGGCAUUCUGAGGGAGCCUCAGGCCUCAACAGCUUGAUUAAAGCUGUCCUGGCUCUCGAACACAAAAUAAUUCCCCCAAACAUCAAAUUUAACAAUGCUAAUCCCAAAAUUCCGUUCGCAGAGAGGAAACUGAAGGUGCCAACAGUCCCAACUCCUUGGCCCAAAGACCGUGCUGAGCGAAUCAGCAUUAAUUCAUUUGGUAUCGGCGGCACAAAUGCCCAUGUUGUCCUUGAAUCGUACAAUCAGCCUGCACCAGCAUCGAGUGGAGACACUGAACUGCGUCCAGAACUUUUGAUCUUUAGCGCAAAUACGGCUGUUUCUUUGAAAGACCAAGUCAAUCAAUACCAAGAGUUUGUACGGUCGAAUCCUGGACUGAGCAACCGUAAUCUGGCCUACACACUCUCUAUGAGGCGCGAGAAACUUCCCCACAGGGCCUACGGUAUAAUUCAAGAUAAAGAAUUUGUUGAGAUAUCCAGCCUUGUCAAGGCACCAGCCAAGGCACCCAAUGUGUAUCUAAUUUUCAGCGGACAAGGGGCUCAAUGGCCUGAGAUGGGAAAGGAGCUGGCUCUCACAGAUGCGCCUUUCUGUGACGAUCUUCGUAAAAUGGACGGCAUUCUUAGGCAAUUAGCUCACCCUCCGAGCUGGUCUCUGAUAGAGGAACUGCUUAAGCCGGCCGAAACCAGUAAGAUUGGUACUGCGGAAUUAUCUCAGCCAUUAUGUACCGCUAUUCAAAUUGCCCUUGUCAACAAGAUCCGGUCAGUAGGCAUCAAACCUGCGGCUGUUACGGGCCACUCCAGCGGUGAGAUCGCAGCUGCAUAUGCUACGGGUGCAAUAACCAUGGAGGCGGCCAUCAUCUUCGCAUAUUAUCGUGGUUAUGUGGCAAAGCAGCAGACACUCCGGGGAUCUAUGGCUGCUGUUGGCUUAGGGCCGCAAGAAGUCAACAAAUUUCUAGUUGAUGGCGUGGUAGUUGCUUGCGAAAACAGUCCAAAGAGCUGCACUAUAUCUGGAGACUUGGAAAAAGUUUUCACUGUCAUUUCUCAGAUCAAGGCUGAAAUGCCCGACACACUAGCUCGGCCACUAAAGGUUGAUAUGGCAUAUCAUUCUCAUCAUAUGACAGCCCUUGGAAAAGUGUACAUAACACUGCUUAAAGACGAGCUGGAGAAGUUAGGAAAGUGGUCUAACAAUGCGACAACUGCAUUCAUAUCCAGUGUAACAGGUGGCUCUUUGGAUGACAACUUCAUUUUCGGCCCGGAAUAUUGGCGAACGAAUUUAAUAUCUCCUGUUCACUUUACGGCAGCAGUGACAAAGCUUCUUGAUCUUCAUGGGGAUGGCGUGUUCCUAGAGGUUGGGCCUCACUCAGCGCUGGCUGGCCCUUUAAGGCAGAUUUGCGCAGAUGCUUCUCGGACGUGUAAUUAUGCAACAUGUUUAACCCGUGGAGAAAAUGCGGUAAAGGCGCUGUUUUCAUCGUUUGGCAAGCUAUUCCAGGAGGGCGUUGACAUGAACUUUGCCUCUCUCUAUCCUGGGGGCAAAGUGCUUACCGAUCUUCCAACUUACGCAUUCGACCACAGCCUGACUUUAUGGUACGAAAGCAGAGUUUCUCAGGCUUGGCGGCUGCGGAAAUACGCUCAUCACGCUCUACUCGGAUCACGGGUUGCUGAGUCGCCGGAGACAGCGCCCCAAUGGCGCAAUAUACUGUCUCUAGACCACGAACCAUGGAUCAUCGAUCACAAGGUUAAGCAAGAUGUCGUCUUUCCUUUUGCCGGGUACGUAGCGAUGGCCGGUGAGGCGGUGAGGCAAAUGACGGGCAUCGAGACUGGAUACAGUAUACGACAUGCGGUGGCUCAUGCUGCUGUAGUUCUCACACUGGAAAAGGGCAUCGAAUUGAUGACUACCCUGCGCCGCCACCAGCUUACAGACUCUGAUCACUCGGAAUGGUUCGAGUUUACCAUCUCAUCUUAUAAUGGUGCCACUUGGAUGAAGCAUUGCGAAGGGCAAGUCAAGGCACUUGAAGAAGAGUGUACAAGUGACUUAACACGACAAAAUUAUCCUCGGAGAGUGCCUUCUUCACAGUUCUAUGAUUACAUGUCGGAUGUGGGUAUCAAUUUUGGGCCUGAAUUCUGUCGCCUUGAGAACAUCACCGCAUCGCCAAAUGAGGCCCUAGCUUCAGCAGAUAUUACUGUGCCUAGUAAGGAGCAAAAUAAGCCCUACAUAAUGCAUCCAACGGCGAUUGAUGCUUGUUUCCAGCUUCUGAUCCUGUCUUAUGCUAAGGGCCUGGGACGGAAUGUCACACAGCUAUCAGUUCCGACACUCAUUGGGAAUUUAGAUAUCCGCAGAGGCGGCGGUUCUCUGGUUGCAAAAGCCUGGGGUUCGACCCAAACAACGACAGAAGGUGUCGAAUGUGUCUCGGAUGGAAAGCUGGCCCUUCGUCUCACCGGUUUUAAACUAACUGCUCUUGAGGAUGGCAAUGAUGUCAGCUAUGAUGAGUACGCUGCGGCUAGACUUGAGUGGCUGCCAGAUUUUGACUUUGUUGACGUAGCUCCUCUUUUCAAGGCUCCUCCAUCUAAUCGGGAGGAGAUAGCCAUGAUAGAAGAGCUGACACUUCUUUGUAUUAUUGAAAGCGCUGAAAAGCUAGAGGGGCUAUCUCCAGCACAACCUCAUUUCCUCAAGCUACGUGAUUGGCUUCAUAGAGAGGUACAGAGCGCCAAAGAAGGCAAAAAUCUCUUGGUCCCGGAUGCUGUAAAAUUUCUCACAAUGCCACGGGCCGAGCGGAAGGCUUUGAUAAUCAGUCAUCACCGAAAGCUCUCGAAUGGAAGCAAAUCAGGUCUUGCAGAGGGUAUGAAGCGCAUGGUCGAUAACUAUGAGCGCGUCUUCACGGGCGAGGCGGACACUAUUGAUAUUUUAAUGGAGGGCGGAGUGCUAGCGGAGCUAUACAAUGCUAUGAGCUUCGGGUAUAGCGACUUCGUUAAGCUGAUGUCUAGUACAAAACCCAAGCUCCGAAUUUUGGAAGUCGGUGCUGGCACCGGUGGCACGACAGAGCUUAUCCUGCGCGACUUGAUGCAUGAAGGGGGUCUUCCUCGAUACUCUAGUUACACCUUUACCGAUGUUUCCGCUGGUUUCUUCCCAUUAGCCAAAGAGCGUUUUGCCUAUGCCUCCAAUAUGGAGUACAAGGUGUUCGACAUCUCCAAGGACCCUCUUGAACAGGAGCUCCCAGAAUCGUCAUAUGACGUGAUUUUUGCUGCGAACGUUGUGCACGCUACUCCCUCGCUAAAAGAUACUCUAAGUAACCUCAACAAGGUGCUGAAGCCGGGUGGUAUUCUCGUACUGACAGAAAUCUGCACCGAGUUGCGGUCGCCAACAUACAUCUUUGGUAAUUUUAUUGGUUGGUGGUUGGGCGAGGAUGACGGACGUCGCUAUACACCUUAUGUGCCCCCCUCCCGAUGGCAUGAUGAACUACUUGCCUCAGGUUAUACUGGGGUAGAGACCGCAGUAUAUGACGAAGAAGCACCGUAUAUGUGUUGCACUACAAUUAUGUCAAGGAAAGUUCGUGAAUUACAACCGCGGGCGAAAACCGUAUCUCUCAUCACCACGGAUGUUAAGGGUGAUAUUGCUACGGCACUAGCCCAGGCGUUGAAAAAUGCAAAAUACAGUGUUACGCCUGUGAGAUUGGGUGAUCAGUUGCCCGAGGGUCAAGAUAUAAUCUCCUGCGUCGAUAUUGAGAGGAACUUUUUUGAGAACAUUCAAGAAGAUGACUUCUAUGCUUUCAGAGAGAUUAUUCGCUCUCAAACUACUGAGCAAAAUCUCCUGUGGCUAACAAGUCCUGUUCAGAUCAAAUGCAAAGACCCACGCUCAGCGCAGACGAUCGGAGCUGCCAGGACUAUCCGAACAGAAUUAGCGGUCCCUUUUCAUACGCUGGAAAUAAGUAUAGCAGAGCCGAACUUCAACGACCUCGUGUUAAAGGUGUUCAAUAAGAUUCUGCAAGAAGAAGAUGAUGACUACCUCGUUUCUGAUAAAGAGUUUGUUGUCGAUAAUGGUACUAUUUGUAUUGGACGUUAUCAUCCCUUCUCUUUGCAGGAUGAGCUCUCGCAGAAGAGUAUCGCCGGGCAUGAGACUAUCAAGUCUUUGCAAAUCGGGAAGAUUGGGAGCAUUGAAUCUCUGUACUGGGCAGAGCAAGCGCUACCAAAAGAAAUUCCCGCCGAUACCAUUGAAGUUGAGCCAAAAUCCAUUGGUCUUAAUCUUAAGGAUGUUCUCACUGCUAUGGGAGUCAUUAACCCUGUGGGUAGUGUCCAAAUGGAACUCGGUAUUGAACUUGGCGGAGUCGUCACCCGCGUCGGCGCGGACGUCGAUGAGUUCAAGAUUGGUGAUCGUGUCUUCGCAUUUGCUCCCGAAGGAUGUUUGGCUACAAAGGCAAUUUUGCAACGAUAUCACGCUGCAAAACUGCCAGACAGUCUUAGCUUCCAGGAUGCUGCUGGUGUACCCGUCGUGUUCGCGACCGUGAUACAUGGUCUCAUCAAUAUUGGUAAUCUCCAAAAGGGCCAGACUGUUCUAAUCCAUGCAGGCUGUGGUGGCGUCGGAUUGGCUGCUAUCCAGAUUUGCCGGAUGAUAGGCGCUGAGAUGUUUGUGACAGUUGGGAGCCAGGAUAAAGUCGACUACCUCGUGAAGACGUACGGAAUUGCUCGUAAUCGCAUCUUCAACUCUCGUGAUGAGACUUUCCUGGAUGGCAUCAUGAAGGAGACAGGAAAUCGCGGCGUUGAUUUAGUUCUCAACUCUUUGACUGGCCCUUUGUUGCACGCGUCAUGGAAAUGCGUAGCAGAGUUCGGUAUCAUGGUUGAAAUCGGAAAGCGUGACCUUCUCGGAUACGGAAAGUUGGAUCUCAAUCCUUUCAUCGGAAGUCGCCAAUACGUUGGUUUCGAUGGAGUUCAGUUCGCCCGAAAGCGACCAAGGUAUUUCCGACAGUUGCUGGAACAAUUCCUCAAAUAUCGGGAGCAGGGACAUAUCCAUCCAAUUUCCGAACAGACUCAUUUUCACGCCAGCGAUGUUAUCAAUGCAUUCCGCCACCUGCAACAUGGCAGUCACAUUGGCAAAGUCAUCGUCUCAAUGGACGACGCAACCGCUUGUGUGGAAGCCAAGCCGCUGGCCAAAGGUAUCACUUUCGAUCCUAAAGCAAGAUACCUCUUAACGGGAGGCCUAGGAGGUCUUGGAAAGGCAAUGUCCACAUGGCUAGUUGAGCAUGGCGCCCGCUCAUUGACUAUUCUCUCUCGGAGUGCUGGUGUUACUGAAGAAAGCAAGUCCGCUAUCAAAGAACUCGAGUCGCUUGGUGCAGAGGUUAUUACUAUCGCCGGUGGCGUUGAAGAUAUGAAGAUCGUUGAGGCGGCCGUCAAUUCGUCAACGAAACCGAUCAAGGGUGUUUUCCACCUAGCAAUGGUGCUGAGAGAUAGCCCUAUGGUCGAUAUGACUUGGAAUCAGUGGGAUGAAGUAACAAAGCCCAAAGUCAAUGGUGCGUGGAACUUACACCACGCACUAAAAGACCAUUCUCUAGACUUUUUCUGGCUAGCCAGCUCUGUCGUCACUGUCGUUGAUCAACCAGGCCAGGGCAACUAUAGCGCCUCCAACACUUUCCUCGAGGCCUUCACCCAAUACAGAGUCAGGCUUGGUUUACCAACUGCCAUUUUAAACAUCUGUCCUAUUAAGGGUGUGGGUUUUGUAGCAGAAAGUGCUGUUGCGCAGCGAAACACUAAGGCACAGGGUAUUUAUUUCCUUGGUGAGAGAAAGUACCUUGAUUACCUUGAGCACUCAAUUUUUGCCGCAAAAGGAAACACCAGCGAUCAUGAAUCUGCUCCCUCUAGCCAGCCUCCAAAGGCUUGGAAGAAUGACAGUCAGAUUGUUAUGGGUCUCCGAUCCGAGCUGCAUCUGGAAGAUCCGAACAAUCGCUGUAAUUGGAGGCGUGACCGACGAAUGGGAGCCUAUCACAAUAUUCGAAGCCAGCAAGACGAAGCGGCAGGUGGUGACUCAAAUGCACUCAAGGCGUUCUUGGCCAAAGCGUCAGAAAACCCGGAUAUCCUCGCAGAUAAGUCAAAUCACGAAUUUUUGGCUUUGGAAAUAGGUGCAAAGGUGUAUGAUUUUAUGCUUAAGCCAGGUGAGGAGGUAGAUACGAGUCUGAGUUUGACUCAGAUUGGACUUGAUUCGUUGAUGGCUACCGAGCUAAGGCGAUGGUUUAGACAGCUGCUGGGUCUUCACAUUAGUGUGCUUGAAAUCAUGGCGUCAGGGUCUUUGUUGCGACUGGCAGAGAUAGCUUCGGAGAGCUUGAAAAACAAGUAUACGGGAGCCUAG